GCCAGCGUAUCUCUCGCAAGGUGAAAGACACGAAGAUCCCUGAGACUCUCUCUGAGAAUAACAUUAUGUUAUUAUUGUGUAAUUUCGGCAAAUAUAUAAUGUCCAAUAUGAAUCUGCACAAACUGUCCUCGCGUUUGCGUCCUACAGUCACACAGAAAUUCAGACAUCUCCAUAUCCAAGGAAGUGGCCAGCAGCUGGAGGCGGUUGUCGUGGAAACAUCAUCAGCUGAGCCAAAUCCACUGUCAGUCUUCAGAACUUCAGAACAGGAUCCAGCAUGCCAUUCGGAAAGACAUACUGGGCAGUACUACACAACCCCAGCUCACAUCCAAAAACUCUUCCCCCAUGGACUGCCUCCACGUUUCCAGUUGCAGGUUAAGACGUUUAAUGAAGGCUGCGUGAUGGUGAGGCCGCCAGCGCUGGAGCUUAUGUCCUAUCUUAAAAGAGCUGAUUACAGCAAGCCCCCCCUGCGUUACAUACUCUAUGGAGAUACUGGCUCUGGAAAGACCCUGUCUUUGUGUCACGCCCUGCAUUACUGCUACACUCAGGGCUGGCUGAUCCUGCACAUACCUGAUGCUCAUCUGUGGGUCAAGAACUGUAAAGAGCUGCUACCCUCUUCUUCCCGCCCCUCACGCUUUGACCAGCCGAUUCAAGCAUCCCAGUGGCUGAAGAACUUCAAAAUCACCAAUGAACGCUUUUUAUCCAAGAUAAAGACAACACAGCGAUAUGUGUGGACAAAGAGAGAAAGUACUGAAGAGGGGCGGCCUUUAGGGGAGCUUGUUGAUCAGGGUGUGAAUCGCAUGAAGAGCAGCAGUGAUGUGGUGGGUGCAGUGCUGCGAGAGCUGCGGCUGCAGGCAGGGGGUGCCACAGAUGGCGAGGGGGCCUUUAAACUGGCCGUGGCUGUGGAUGGAGUAAAUGCUCUGUGGGGCAAAACAUCUCUAAAAAAGGAGGACAAGACUAUGUGUGAGCCUGAGGAACUGACUCUGAUUCAUAAUCUGAGGAAGAUGAUGAAAAACGAUUGGAGUGGAGGUGCUAUUCUCACAGCACUGUCUCAGACCGGGUCCCUGUUCAAGCCACGGUCUGCUUACCUUCCCAACGAGUUACUAGGAGAGGAAGGGUUUGAUAAUAUGGAACCUUUUGUGCCAGUUUCUGUGCCCAACUACAACGAGAAGGAGUUUGAGAGCUGUUAUCUGUACUAUUUAGACUGUAACUGGCUGCAGCAUCCGCACAGUCGAUCUGAAGAAGGAAAGAAAGAGCUCAUCUUUCUCAGCAACAAAAAUCCAUCCAUCCUGGAACGAUUGUGUGCCGCCUUGUAAUGCACAUUUGUGUCUCUCUUGUAUCUUGUAUCUGUACAUCAUGUGAAUUCAAUAAACUUAAUCUGCUUAAAUAAGCAGAAUUUUUCAUAAUAAAAACCUUGGGGAAAAAACCA